AUGUUGUUAAAAUCGACGACUCUUCGUUCGAAGAGUCAGUUCAUGAAACGGAUUUUCUAUUAUUCUACGGCAUCGCCGCAAAAAAUAAUAGCUAUUAGGAGAGAAGACCAAUCAGUAUGGGAGAGACGAGCGCCUUUUUCCCCUUCAAACGUAAACAAAUUGGUGAGACAGGGCGUAAAAGUUAUCGUGCAACCAUCCAAUCGACGUGCUUAUCCGAUGCAAUCUUACAUAAACUCUGGAGCUAUAGUCCAAGAAGACAUAAGUGAGGCAAGUGUAAUCUUCGGUGUGAAACAGACGCCCGUAGACCUACUUAUACCGAACAAGACCUACUGUUUUUUUUCGCACACUAUCAAGGCACAGGAAGCAAACAUGCCAAUGCUAGACGCAAUUUUAGCAAAGAACAUUCGUUUGCUCGAUUAUGAAAAGUUGAUGGAUAAAGAUGGCAACAGAGUGGUGGCUUUUGGUAAAUAUGCAGGUGUAGCUGGCAUGAUAAAUAUUCUACAUGGCCUAGGGCUGCGUCUUCUAGCACUUGGACAUCACACGCCAUUCAUGCACAUUGGACCCGCGCACAACUACAGGAAUUCGAGUAUGGCUCGACAGGCCAUUCGUGACGCUGGCUAUGAAGUAGCUCUAGGUAUGAUGCCUAAAUCACUCGGACCUCUGACUUUCGUUUUCACCGGAUCAGGAAAUGUGUCACAGGGAAGUCAAGAAAUAUUCCAGGAAUUACCGUAUGAAUAUGUUCCACCCGAAAUGUUAAGGAAGGUAGCUGAACAUGGAAGUCCAAAUAAGAUAUAUGGCUGCGAAGUUCGUCGCAGGCAUCAUUUGGAGAGGAAAAACGGUGGCGGGUAUGACCACGAAGAGUAUGAAGAGCAUCCUGAGCGAUAUAUCUCAACUUUUGCACAAAGGAUUGCGCCUUACACAACAGUGUUAGUAAAUUGUAUCUACUGGGCAGUAGACAGCCCUAAAUUACUGACGAUUCCUGAUGCAAAGCAUCUGCUGCUACCCUCACAUACUCCAUGGCUGCCUAAAAGUGUUGGUGCGCCAGCACUUCCUCAUAGGAUGCUGGCCAUCUGCGACAUAUCGGCUGACCCGGGUGGUUCUAUAGAAUUUAUGAAUGAAUGUACUACCAUAGAUACACCAUUUUGUCUUUACGAUGCCGAUAGAAAUAAAGAUACAAAGAGCUUUAAAGGCCCAGGCGUACUGGUGUGCUCCAUAGAUAAUAUGCCUACACAAUUACCGAGAGAAUCUACCGACUUCUUCGGCGAUCUCUUGUUUCCCUAUGCGGAAGACAUCAUGAAAUCGGACGCAACUAAACCUCUGGAUGAUCAUGACUUCUCGUCUGUUGUCAAGGGGGCUAUUAUAACAAGCAAUGGAAAGUUAACUCCCGACUUCGAAUAUAUUAAUGAACUUCGAAAUUCAAAUACACGGUCCCGACACAAAGUUGAGGGUAACGAGCAGCAAGUGCCCGUUGUGAUUCUGGGCAGUGGAUUGGUCUCCGCACCAGUCGUCGAGUAUUUGGCCCGGGACAAAAACAUCGCCGUAACUAUAGCAUCACAAGUUAAGGAAGAGGCAGACGCUUUAGCAGAACGGUACGGUGUCCGAUCCGAGUACCUGCAGGCCAACGACGAGAAUGCGUUACGUUCGGUAGCUUCCAAUGCCCGCCUUGUGGUAUCCCUGCUGCCGUACGACUUACACGGUGCCGUUGCCAAAGCGUGUAUCAGCUCCGGCGCACAUAUGGUCACCGCGUCAUAUGUUCGCCCCGAAGUCCAAGAAUUGCAUAAUUCUGCUAAAGAUGCUGGAGUGACAUUACUUAACGAAGUCGGUCUCGAUCCCGGCAUUGACCAUUUGCUUGCUCUCGAGUGCAUCCAUGAUAUUCAAAACCACGGUGGUCGUGUUGAUACAUUUGUCUCGUAUUGUGGAGGGUUACCUGCACCUGAGUUCAGUGAUAAUGCGUUGCGUUAUAAGUUCUCAUGGAAUCCUCGUGGAGUUCUUCUUAACACAAUAUCUGGAGCUAAAUAUCUCAGUAAAGGACAGGUUGUCGAAGUGUUGGGUGGUGGAGAAUUAAUGUCGGUGGCUCGUGAACUAGAUUUCUUGCCUGGACUAGCAUUCGAAGGAUUCCCUAAUAGAGACAGCACGAUCUAUUCGAAACUUUACGGAGUAGAAGAUGCACAUACUAUGUUUAGAGGCACUUUGAGGUAUCGAGGUUUUGCAGAAACGAUGAAGGCGAUGCAGUUAUUUGGACUCAUCGACCCGAGCCCUCACCCCACACUGCAUCCUGAAGGUCCUAAAGUUACUUGGCGACAAUUUGCUUGUGAACUUCUUGGUUUGAUGGACUCUUCUAUAUUCUAUGAAAAUUUGAAAACAAAGUUAUCAGAACGUAUUGGUAGUGAAGGUGCACACGCUUUAGAAUCAUUGGGGCUUCUAAGUGAUGAUCCAGUAGUUAAAUGCGGUACUCCACUAGAUACUGUCAGCAACUAUCUUAGCAAAAGACUGCAAUUAGGAAACGAUGAGACAGAUUUUGUGGUGCUUCGACACGAAGUAGGCGUCACGUGGAGUGACGGCAAGAAGGAGAGACGCGAGAUCACUAUGACAGUUAGAGGAGAUCCUCAAUCGCACACCGCCAUGGCGCGAACUGUCGGCCUUCCCACAGCCAUCGCCGCCAAGAUGGUUUUAGACGGUGAGAUACAAGAACGUGGCGUGGUUCUACCAUUUGCUCCCGUCGUGUACAAGUCCUUGCUCUCAAGACUCAGAUCCGACGGCAUUACAGCACGGGAGACAUCUACGCCUCUCAAUUAA